CACCAGCACACGCACACCAACAAACCAACCCCAGUCAACACACAGGAUGAUGCUGGCGAGCAUGAGGCGAGCGGCUGUGAUGGCGGCUGUGCAGGCUGACAGCUGCGCAGGCACUACCACCAAGGCGCUGUUCGCUUCCUCCCGCACACGCGCCUUCCACACCACAAACACAUCCUAUCGCGCAGAUGACAAGGAUGGCAGCAACAAGGGCCGCCGCCAUGGACCCGGCUCAACUGCCUCUGCAAAACCUGAGGCAAGCGCUUCUUCUUCUUCUUCUUCUUCUUCUUCUUCUUCUUCGCCUUCGUCUUCUGCUUCUGCUUCUGCUUCUGCGGUCAGCGCAUCCACACCGUCAUUUCUGGAUAGCGUGCUGAGCAAAGCGCGAAAGCAACGCACGGACACUGCCACCACCACUCCGACCCACGCGCAGCAAGGAAAGUCCCAGCACCCCGAGGCAAACGCGAAGGCCAAUGCCACUGACACCACACAGCUGGCAGCAAGUGGCAAGCGUCACCAGCGGCGCCGCUACAUCUCAGCACAGGAGCGGGAGAGCCGCACGCCAUCCUUUGACUUCAUCUCUGACCCGGCCACGCGCGAGGCUGUGCGCGCGGCCUUCAGGUACGGCCCACGCACCUUCCCCAACCUUGGCAAGGCACUCACCCAGGAGCAGCUGGCUGCGUUGGAGAAGGAAGUUGCGCCCGAGCACUUCUUGCGUGACCUGGCCCAUGAGUUCCCUGAGCUGAAGGAAGCGCUUGAAAAGUACAAGGAGGAAACAGCCCCGACAACUGCACCUGCUGGCGACCAGAACGCGCGCAGCCUGCCCUCCGUCGAGGUCUCGUCCGAGAAGGUAGAGCAGCACGAAGGCCUGCCCCCGGCCGUCGCCUCCAUCCUCAGCCAGUCCGCCAAUGUCAAGCCUUCCCAACAAUCAUGGUUUGGUUCAACGACAUCAGAGAACGUCAUCUCUGUUUCAGAUUACCACGAUAGCAGGGAAUCCAUGGCUGUGUCCUCGUUCCCUGGUCCCAAGACGCUGGACAACGAGAUUGGCGCCAUCGAACACGGCAUGGACUUGUCGGCGCUGCCGAUUGAGGAGCGCAUGCGCCAGCACACGGACUUCAGCAAGGAGAUGGAGCAGUUUGAAGGGGCGGCACCCAACGUCAAGUACUUUGCGCAGCUGUGUGCAACGGCGCUCGGCAACAACCCGUUCAUCUCUGCUCAGCAGAAGCGCGCCUUCUUCUACAACCUGCGCACGCUCUGCGAGGGCGACUUUGACCCCGUGUUUGGCGACAUUGAUGACAUCAAACUGGUUCCAAAGAGCAUGGAGCCCAAGCCAGGAAAUGAUCUCCUGUAAGCCUGCAGUGUGUGCCUUGAACAUCCUCGAUUCUGCCAUGGGUGGCCCUCACCGUCCACCCUGUACCUAGGUGUGCAUCUGUGUCUGUGCUUGUGUGCUUGUGCCUUCAUGGCUGCUGCGUUGUACAUUGUGUUUUGUCUGUCUCUUCUCUCGAUAAAGAUCAUUGAUAUUACUG